AUGGUGGCCACAAAGAAAACGAAAAAGACUCUGGAGUCCAUCAAGUCUAGGCUCCAACUUCUUAUGAAAAGUGGAAAAUACACGCUGGGUUACAAGCAGAUGCUGAAGAUGAUCAGACAAGGCAAAGAGAAAUUGAUCGUCCUUGCCAACAACUGCCCAGCCUUGAGGAAAUCUGAAACAGAGUACUAUGCCAUGUUGGCCAGAAUUGGUGUCCAUCACUAUAGCGGCAAUAAUAUCGAACUGGGCACCACAUGUAGAAAAUACUACAGAGUGUGCACGCUGGCAAUCAUGGAUCCAGGUGAUUCUGAUAUCUUUAGAAGCAUGUCAGAACAGACUGGUGAAAAAUAA